AUGUAUUGUCUGAUGACACCUUGGCCAUCGGAUGAUCCUGCAAAUUGGGGUCAUAUUUUGGCACUACCAAUUCUUUCAAUGCUGAAAUCUGAUUUUCGGUUCGAGGCUGGGGAGACGAGGGUCGCAGCUUCUUGUCAUGAUGUAACUGUCAUUGGUGACCAUUUUUUAUUGCAGUCUAUGACCUUUCUUCUCGUGUUCUCGCUGACCUUCUCCCCACUAUCUCCUUUUGUUAUUUUAUACAUUUACUCUGUCUUUUAUCGUUCUUUACUCAUGUUUCUGAUUAUACUUCUCUUGUUUUUAUCCUUGGUCUCUGGGUUUUUUUUUCUUUUUAUAAUUCACUUCUCUUUCGGUUGCUUUCACAUUUCAUUUCGUCCCCUUCUUAUUCUAUUUAUAUUGUCAUAUUCCAAUCUUCUCUUUUUUCCGACUUGGUCUCUUUUCGCCAUUCUCUUUCCUUUUUUUUUUCUUUCCCAUCUCACUCUCUUCUUACUCCUCGUUUAUUUCCUUCCUCUCACAUUUCAUUGUUAUUUCUCUAUCUUUUUUUCUUUUCUUUACUCUCAUAUUCCCCCUCCUUACUUUCGUUUUAUCUACUUUCUCUUUCCAACCAUUCUCACUAUAAUUGUACUCUUCAUUUCAUUCUCCAUUUCACCAGCCUUCGUCUUUUUUCGCUCUUCUUUUUUCUUUUCACUUUAUUCACCAUUUGCCAACCUUCUUUUUCCUUCCUUUCUUAAUAUCUUUUCCUUCAUCCUCUCUCCAUUUCCCUCCAUCCUUACUCUUCUUUUCCCUGUCUUCUUAUUAUCUAUACUUCCAUACUUGCUCAUACUUUCUAGCUCUCCAUUCCUCUCCUUUCUUAAUCUGUUUCCCUCCAUCCUGACUGUCCUUUUCCCUCCUUGUUCUCCAUUUCCCUCCCUUUUAGCUCUCCAUUUCCCUCUAUCCCGACUCUCCUUUUCCCUGUCUUCUUCUUAUCUUUUCUUCCAUACUUGCUCACCUUCUCCCUUCUUUCUGGCUCUCCAUUCCUCUCCUUUCUUAUUCUGUUUCCCUCCAUCCUGA